CAUCAGAGCACGCUGAACGUAAACUUUCUUUAAUUAAAACAAUUUCAUUAAGAAUUAUAUCGUAAAGCAGUCACCUUGAGACAUUUUAAAAGAUGUCACCGGAUCGUGGUUGAAUUCUUUAUUUGAAAGAAUCGUAAAGAAGUCAAGGAAAAAUGUCGAAGAAAAAUAAAAAAUGUAAAGAGGGCGAGGACGAGCCCGCAAUUGAUUGGGAAGAAAAUAGUUAUUUUCCAAAAAGAUUAACAGAAGAAAUGAAAUCUAUGUGGGAAAUACCACAAAUUUGUCAAUUUCUUUACUUAACCAAAGACAUUCUAAAUAUACCACCAAUAACUAUUUAUGAAGUGGAAAGAAUGCUCGCUAUACCAAGAGCUUCGAAACAACUAGCAUAUAUUAUGACAUGUUUAUUAAGCUGUCCUAUAAGUAAACCGAAAUUGCAAAAAAUACCACCAAUGCCCUAUGAAUUUUGGACGAAUAUCUUAAUGCAUAAAGUAAACAAUUGGUUUAAAAUUUAUUAUGGAAAGCAUAGAGAUGUGAUAAAAGUUCUAGAAACUAUUGGUAUUGAACCAGAAUUUUGGAAUAUUUUUCCUGAGUUAUCCAUAUUUGCUGGUAGAGACUUUGAAGAUUUGAGUUUCAAACAACGAGUAUGGCUUUUAAAAACUAUCUGUGAUACUCUCAUGCAUACGAGAAAAACAAUUCAAGAAGAAAUUGCUAAUCAUGCGUGGGAAGAUCAAAUUGAAAUAAAUUUAGGAACCGAUCGUCAUGGAGCUAAAUAUAUUUAUUUUCCACAGUUUAUCAAUAGUGAAUUGAGAAUAUAUAGACAUUGUAUGAAUAAUAAUAUUCUUUCCACUACAAAGCCUAUAAUACCAAAGACAGUAGUAGAAUCCGAAACGAAAACAAAAGUAAAAAGAAGUAGAAAACGAAAGCCCAGAUGGCAAAAUGGAUUAUGUUCAAAAAUAAAAAAGGAUAAGCCUGCAAGACUUCAAGAAAAGAAAAUAGAUAAACAAUUUUAUAUUUGUAAUUGUAUUGAUAGUGCCAUGAAUUCACAAACUAGUGAAGAUAUAGAUUUAGAUUCUACGAGCACAAGUAGUAAUAUUAAUAAUAGUAAUAUAAAUUUAGACAAUCUUGACAGAACAGAAACAAGAAAUUCAUUAAUAACAUCUGAAAUAAGUACAAUGUCAAGUGAUACAAACAAUAGCAAUAUAAACUCGACUAGUUGUAAUGAUGAUGUAUCAAAUGAAAGUCAGUUAAUUGAUACAAAUGUUACAGAAAGUAUAUUUAAAGGAUUUUCUAGAUCCCCCGAUGAAAAAGAUGGUAUAGCAAUAAUAAAUCAAUUAUUAAAUAGAUUAAAGUCAGAGAUAAAUAUAAAAUAUACUAAGUCUCAUGUAACAACAGAAAAUGCGACGGAUAUAAAGAUUGAUGUUGAAAAUUCUGAAAAUAAUUUGGAAUCAAAUGAAUUUGAUUCAAUUAAAUAUUGUUCGGAUAAUUUAUCUAAUGAUUCAAAAGUGGAUGAAGAAAAAUUAAAUGAAAUUAUAAUGGUUGGAAAUAAAAUAUUAAAGGAUAAAACACUUUCAAGUUCCGCAGAGGUUAAUGAUUUAGAUUCAUCAACAUCAAGGUCGAAUGUUGAAAAGUUAAGUGAAACUGAAACAUCUAUAAUUAAUGAAAUGGAGAGUAUUUCAAGUGAUGUACCUGAUACUAUUAAUAAAUAUAAUAUUAGACACAGAAAGAGAUCACCAAAUGAUAGAGAAAUGAAAGGUAUAAAAAGAAAUGGUAAUAUCGUUAAUGAAUCAGUUCUUGGAAUAAAUGAAACACUAAAUUCUAUUAGAAGAAGUCUUAGGAUAAAAGGAAAUCAAAUGGAACAUAAAUCAUUUUGUAAUGAUAUUAGCCAAAUUAUAAAUACUGAUAUUAACACAGAAGAAGAAAUUGAAAAUAAUCCUAAGAGAGAUAAUGAAACGGCCUCUUUUAAAAAAAUGCUCGAAGAACUUAGUGUAUCCAAUUUUCGACUCGUAGCUGAUAGCGUUGAAACUUUGAAAGAUCUUAUUUCAAGUUUUUCAUUAAAUACAUUAGAAUCAAAUUCUUCGAAUGAAAUACAAUUAGUAAAUAAAUUGACAGAACUAUUAAAUACGGUUGAAAAAGUUGAAGCGGUUCUGAAAGAUACAACAAAAAAGGCUAAAGCAAAGCUACUAAAGGAAUGGACUAAUUUUAAAAUUGGUCAAGCUGCUGUGUGUUGUAGCAGUAUGGAGGGUCAGGAUUCAUCCGGUGAAAAUGGUGUCAGGUCUAAUUGGUGGAUUGUUGGAUCACAGGACUAUCAAUUGCCAACUACCAAUGAUGCAACGUUACAGACGUUAUCGAAAUCUACCAUAUCCCCAAUUAGUACCCAAAGUUGUGUCUCAACAUCAGAAUGUAUCAACGACGAGGAACAAUGCACAAGUGGAAAAGAGAAAGAAUCUAAGGAAUCAGAAAGCAAAGAACACGAUGAAAAAUCAGACGUUAGAGAGCAACAAAAAAAUGGGGAAAAUAAUGAAGGAAAAGCACAUGAAGAAUAUAAAAAGUGUGAUAGAAAAGAAGAAGAAGAACAACAAAAUCGAAGAGUUCUACGAGCGCGAGGAAUUUCCUCGUACAGAGAACAAUUGUAUCCAUAUGAGGAAAUCGAUGAGAGCGAGUUGGGUGAAUGGACCGACAUUAAGGCCAUCUACGCGCCUCCCUGCUCACAGACCUAUACAUCCGUUACUAACUCUUCUACGAAAAACAGACAAGAUAACUAUUGGUCAGAGAAAGAGGACUCAGACCAAGAUUGGAUUCUACCAAGCUCUCGCAGACGGAAAAAUAAACGUUCGUCCAAUAAUAAAAGAUUAAGAACGUCACAAAACAAAAGUCUAAACAAGAAAACAAAUUCGAUUGAAGAAACUACAUCGCAUAAAGAAACUACAUCGAGUAAUAAGAUAUCCAAUUAUACAGAGGAAUUAACGGCAUCUUCUACUUCUAAUCUAAUUAUAUAUCCACGCAUACAAGAAAAUUCAGUAAGGACGAUAUCUGUCACAGAGGAAAAUAAAAUAAAUUAUGUAGAUAGCGUCCAUUCAGAAUUAGAUAUAAAAGAUGAAACACCGACUGAUACUUUAACAAAUCAAUAUAAAACCAAUUACAACGUGAAUGGUGUAAGCUAUUUUGUACAGUCAAAUCCAACUGUAAUUGGUUUGGCUCAAUCAAAUACUUUCGUUCAAACAAAUACAUUAAUUCCAAAUAUUGUGCCUUCGUUUCAACAAAAUUAUUAUAUGCAAGAAAUACGACCGGAGUAUGUUCUUUACAAUCAACAAUCAAAUUUUGUUCCGAUACAACAACCAUCUAUAAUACAACAAGUACCAUGUAUUGUAACGUCACAAGAAAUUGUAAGUCAACCAAGAUAUUCGCCUGAAAAAUCGAAUUUAAUUAAUAUAGUACAACCGGACAAUAACAUAAAUAGAAUAACACAGAAGGAAGCGUCGACUUCACAAUUCGAUUUUUCUAGUAUUACUAAACAGUCUAGUAGUACUAUAAAACCACGUAUACAAAAUUCAAACUUUACGAAACGAAAAAACUCAAGUGAACAUUUAAAUGAACCGAAAAAAAAGACUACAUCAUUGAUCAUUCUAAGUGACAGUGACGACGAAGUUGAGAUCAUUAAUGAAAAAACAAUAAAUGAUAAAAAAAAUUCAGAAGGUCAGGAAUCUGUUUCGGAUAUAACAAAUAAUAUAUUAAAAAAUAUUAUUCCACGUGAAAUUAUGCAACGAAUACAUCAAGGUUGUAUAUCAAUAACGCCAAUUAAACCAGCACCACCAACGCAAAAUACACCGACACAAUUGGUCGUCGUUGUCAAUGAAACAGGCAAUUAUUAUGCUUUGGCAUUACCUAACGGAAGUAAACUCAUUCUUACACCGGAACAAGUUGCACAAAUUAGAGCUUCAAACGGUGGGAAACUUGUUCUAUAAAAUACUAAUUAAUUCAUAAAUACUAAAAUUUAUUUUCUUUGGAUAUAUUUUAUUAUGCAUUUAACAUAAUAUAGAUUUAUUAGAGGAAUUAAACAUAACAGGGUUUAUUUUUUUUUUUUUU